CAGCGGCGGGGGUAGGGAUCCACGGCGAACUCCGAGAAGUGCGCACGCGCACUGACCUCGGCGGGCCCUAGCAACCAGAGCAGUGACAGUAGCAACCGCCGGAAUGGCAAAAGCAACAACAAUCAAAGAAGCCCUAGCCAGAUGGGAAGAGAAAACCAGUCAGAAGCCAUCUGAGGCCAAAGAGGUAAAGCUUUAUGCCCAGAUCCCUCCUAUAGAGAAGAUGGAUGCGUCCUUGUCCAUGCUUGCUAAUUGCGAGAAGCUUUCACUGUCGACAAACUGCAUUGAAAAAAUUGCCAACCUGAACGGCUUAAAAAACUUGAGGAUAUUGUCUUUAGGAAGAAACAACAUAAAGAACUUAAAUGGACUGGAAGCCGUAGGGGACACAUUAGAAGAACUAUGGAUAUCCUACAAUUUUAUUGAGAAGUUGAAAGGAAUCCAUGUAAUGAAGAAAUUGAAGAUUCUCUACAUGUCUAAUAACCAGGUGAAAGACUGGGCUGAGUUUGUAAAGCUGGCAGAACUGCCCUGCCUGGAAGACCUGGUGUUCGUCGGCAAUCCCCUGGAAGAGAAGCAUUCAGCUGAGGGGAACUGGAUUGAAGAGGCAACCAAGAGAGUGCCCAGACUGAAAAAGCUCGAUGGUACCCCAGUAAUUAAACAGGAUGAGGAAGAAGAAAACUAACACCACGUUUUCCACUUCGUGUUAACUUAUUUAAAUGUCAUAAGAACAAUAGAUAAGUUUUGUAUAAUUGUCUGUUUUAAAGAUUCUGUGUGGAGCGAAAGGUUCUUAAGAUAAAACAAAUCUAUGAUGUCUUUUUCUUUUUGUUAACCUAUUCAGUGUCCCGCCCCCCCGCACCCGCAGAUGGUAACACCAACUUUAUAUAUUGUAGUCCUCUUUUUAGAAACUACAAAUUUUCAGUUUUUUGUCUUCAGUCUCCAUCUACUAAAACCUUUAUAGACUGAAUAAUCAUUUUUAACAAAAGAAUAAAUGUGGUUAUUCAUUCAAUUUUUUUUUAGGUCAGGCAGUUAAAUAUAUACUCUUAACUUUUGAAUCUGUAGACCAUCUUUCCUAAAGAUCCAUCCCCUUACGACUCAGAAGCACAAAUGUGUCAUGCCUUUGGUUCCAAAGGCAGCACGGUGGCAGCAGCCGUAGAAGCAAAACUCCAAAGUCAUAGUGAAAAAGCUGUGGUGAAAAAAAUGAAAAAUUAAUAUCUUGGAGGCCUUAGCGCCCAUGUUAUGUUUACUUACUUGGUUUUCAAAAAAUAUGUACAUUGUCAACUGGAAUUUAGGUUGUGUGUACAUGUGUGGCCACUCAGGUCACUGUGCAUAGUCAAUCAGUCAUUCCGUGAUCCAGGUCAGUGGGUAAAGUGACUGUCAUUAUUCCUUUGACUAGCGCUGUGGCCAUGUUACCCAUGUGGUCCUGAUCUUAGGCACACUUUUGGGUAAAUAGUUCUCUGUAUGUUAUAUAAAGAAAUAUAUAUAUAAGUGGUAGUUAUAUUUGGAUGCCUAGUCUAAAUCUUGGCCAUUCAUAUAUGUUAAAAUUUGCCCUAAUAACUUUGAUCUGUUGACCGCCAUGUUGGUAGAAAUGAUUGUUCUAAGGGUAUAGAACUUAAAGACUAGAUCUGGUACCUUUCAAUAAAUUAAAUUUAGUAUUUCAAAAUAUAUUUUUAGAAAAGUUCUAAGUUAAACAGCUCUUAAAAUGAAUUAUGUAAGUGGUAUUGGAGGGAAAAGAGAUGUUUCAUUAUGGGAUCCCAGGCAAAUGGCAGUAUUUUUGAGGAUUGCUUUCUCUGUAAAGCAUUGUAGGUGAUUUAACCUCAAAAUUACAGAGCAAUAGUUGGAUGCAGAGUUUAGAAUUUAUCACAUAAGAAAAAAAUUCUUUUUUGAGAAUGAAGAUAUGGUAGUCAGUAACCAGAUGAAGUCCAUAGUAAGCCACGACCAAAUCAGUGAUAGAUUGCAGUAAGGAAGUCAGAGGCCCUCUGCCAAAUUGUGCCUGAAGUCCCUCAACCAGAGACUAUUGAUUUUCAUUUCCCCAUUUACUUGUGUAAAAAUGAGUCAAAAACUGAUUACAUAAGUAGUACUGGGUUUCAGAAGUUUUCAGUUAUCAUUUAAAUAGGAAUUACAUGAUUUCUCAGUCAUGCUGAUCAAAAGGGACCACUGCUUCGACAAUCAAUCCUAAAAAGGAAAAAUUAGCCCAACAUUUUUUUUUUUAGCUUCCUUUUAGCUCUUCCUCACAAUCUGAUAGGAAGAAGUUUUAACUCUGACUGACUUACACUUUCAAAGCCUUUGGGUCUUAGCUUCCGGGACCCAAAGUUUUCUUGUAGUAUGAACUUCAUCUAGUAGGCAGACUUGAAGCCAUAUUGCUAUGUAUGGGUGUAUUUUCUAAAAGUUAUUCUGGAAGUGACUAUAAUAGGGAAUGGAUGACUUCAUAUUUAAUUUUUUUAAUGGCUUACAGUCUUAUUUUUGCUUAUUUUUAUUUCUGCAAUAGAGAAACUAAUUUUCUCUCUUUCACCUUGUUCUCUCUCUCUCUCUCUCUCUCUCGGAGGGGAGAAGGAGAGAUAGAAACAUCAAUGAUGAGAAUUAUUGAUCAGCUGCCUCUUGCAUGCCCCCUACUGAGGACAGAGCCUGCAGCCUGUGCCCUGACCAGGAUUUGAACCGUGACCUCCUGGUUCAUAAGUCCACCCUCAACCACUAAGCCAUACCAGCUGGGCCCCUUUGUUUCUAAAUCACUGUAGCUAAUCACUGUAGUUCUCAGAGAAAUGUAAGAUGCUUUUCUGUGUCCAUUUCACAAAAUAUCUAUAGUCAGUUCCACUCAACAAAUAUUUGAAUGACUUCUAUGUAUUCUUUGCGUGGAAUGAAACUAAGAAUCCACUAGGAAACAGAAGAUAGAAAAUAGAAGAUAGAGUGUAUUAAGAAGUUCAGAGUAUUCUCUCAAAUCAUUCCUUAACUCAUCCUUUACUGCUGCAAAUUUAGCUGAUAUUAAAUGCCUUUAAUUUGUGCUUUUUGGGUUAGAUCUUUAACCUACUUGUAAUGGAUUCUCUCUGUGCUCCUGGUUUGAAGCAGCAUGCCAUUUUAAUGGAUCAUUUAAAUUUCUUCUAUUCUUGGAAUUGAUGGUAGAGCUCUGGAAUCAGUUCAGUAUUUUAAUAUUUCCACAGGAAAUUUUAGUCUACCAAGUAAUUAACCUUUUCUGUGUUCCCUAACUCUAAGCUUAUGGCUAUCUGUAUUACCUAGUCAGGCCUUGAACGUUUCUGUGUUCUCUGUUACUAGGAGUUGGUUCCUUUAAAUCAGAGCCAAGCUUGGCACUAUCAACAUUUGGGCUUGAUAAUGUUGGAGGGCUGUCCUGUGUGUACAGGAUGUUUAGCAGCGUGUCUGGCUUCUACUUACUAGAAGAACCCUCCUCUCAGUUGUGAUAACCAGAAAUGUCUUCAUGUGUUGCCAUUUGUCCCCUGGGCUAGAUGGGCUGGAAUAAAUCCACCCUUGUUAAGAACCAGUGCUUUACUCCAACAUUCCUUUUGUCCAGUGCCCAUUUAUUCUCACUCUGUAGCCAUAUGGCACCUGAGUUAUUACAGGAGAGAAGGUGGUGUGUUUAGUAAUCAUGGGGGAAGGAAAUGAUCAUUGGUGUUUCCCUUCUUUGUAAUGCUCACUUUAACAGUUCUCACAACACAUUAGAAACUCAGGACUGGAGAGUUCGACUUAUUUUUCCCCCCAGCAGGACCUCAACUUUUACGUUUUAUCUUACUUAGCAUUUUGCUUGUCUUAGGAUAGUGAUUAUUAACCUACCUCUCUCUUACUAUCAACAGAAUCCAAGUUUAUGGUAGAUUUUGCUUUGUCUCUAAAAUUUAACAUUUUAAGUAUACUUUAGAAAAUGCGUGUCAUUUUUUAAGUGUUCAUUCAUUGUCGAGUCAUGCACAGGAUUUUAAAGACUAGCAGUCAUUAAAUACAGAAAAAUAUUGUAUAAAAUUUGGUAAUCAUAUAUGAAAGUUAGCUGGUGUAGACACCAGUUUUGGAUGUGAUCAGAAGAAGCAGGUCUGGUUACUGGAUCCAUUCCACAAAUAGGGGUGGUGUAAGCACUUAAAUGUGGUUCCUGUUUGGAAAGAGAAAUUUUGACUUGAACAGAUGCUUCUUCUGAUACUUUCACCCGUGGGCUGAAGUAGACUAAGGAGGAAUGAGAAAUGAAUUUUAAUUGUUGACUUAUUGUCAGAAUUGGUGAUAUGUAAGUAGAGUAUGUGACCCAGAAUCUUUUGCCUGGGCUUUUCUUGGGACUAAAUGGGGAAAGUGUAGAGCUAGAAAGGUUGGAUUUAAUCAUUAACUUUAAACAUUGGGGGAAAUGUCAAGCAUCGAUCACAAGUUGUGUCUAACUGCAGUCUGACUUAGUCACAAAGACUUUACAUUGUAAGUGGUGGUAAAGGGAGAAAGCUAACAGCUAACCUGGGCUGCUUACUGUGUCUGUAAAUAGUCAAGUAUAAAGCAAGCUGUAGUGUAGCAGAGGUGGUGUUUCUGACACAGCUAACUUGACCAUAUUCCUUUAUCUUCCCUCUAGCUUGAGUUGUUCUUUGUAAAACCAUAAAAUAGGUGCAAUGAAAAGAUUUAAGGGUAUUUUUAAAAAAAUCACUGAACUUUAGAAAUUUCACAUCUAUAUCUCUAUUCCUGCCUUUUUAUAAACCAGUGACUGCAAAGGAAGAAAACUGAAAGGAAAAACUAAACUGA